GACUUUGUAAGUGUAAUAAAACACGGGAACUUUUUUGUUUACUUCCAACUCCUUCGAAUUUUAGAUAUUUAAAAUUUUCACAACCUUUCAACAACACAGUAUAACCUAGUUCAUUCAGUUAUUCACCGCCUUCACUAUCGGCACCCUCUCCUCAAUUCGGUCACAGUACUCCCUCAUUCACAUGGAGGCACCAUUGCUAGGGUUCAAAGAAGUUCCAGAUUUGGAAGACGACACAAAAUCUUCUCCAAGUUCGCGUAAAUUAGUUCCUUGGUUGAACUGGAACGAGUGGCUUUUCGUUAGAGACGCUCUCUUCUCCGAUUCUCCUCAAUCUCUUUCAUCCGCGCUUAAACGAAUUUCUUCCUGGCGAAGUCGAGGUUCAUUGCCUGUUCUAAUCGAUGUCACUGCUUCUAUAGUUGAAAUUCAGCACAUGGAUCCCUGUUUUAGACAAGAUCAAUCGGAUGAUGCUUCUGUUUCGGAGGAGGUUCUUGCAAUGUUGUAUUGCAUGGCUAUCGUGAGGCUUGUGAAUGGUGCUGUAGAGAAGACACGGAGGAAAGAAGUGGUGUCAAUAGCUGUGGCUGCGGAGGCAAUUGGCAUUCCACGCAUGCUGAUUGAUAUUCGCCACGAGGGAUCACAUCGUGAGCUUCCAUCACUCAAGGUUGUUCGUAGUGCCUCAAUUAAGGCACUUGAUUGGUUAAAAUCUUAUUAUUGGGAACCUCAGAGCAAAGCAAUUCCUUUUCAAGGUGAAGGCAAUGCAAAUGUCAAAAAGGAAAUCAAGUCUAUGAUUCGUGAAUUAGCUAUCUGCUUGAAAGUCAGUGGGAGUCCCGAGUUUAGUACCUCACUGCUCAAGGGAAAACGAUCUAAGAAACCGAUUAGAAAGAUCUUGAAAUCUGUUCUUCGGUUGUAUUCCUCCUACUCUUCAGAGAUUGUGUCUGUGUUGAUGGAUUAUUUGUGGAAAACUUUAAGUUCCUCAGAGUUCAAAAAGAAUGUAGACGAUGCAUCUGUUGGUCCUACUGUAGAGAAUGUUUUGGCCGAUUGGAAGCCUGUCAUACUCAAAUUGUAUGAUAAGGAACCAGAGUUACUUCUGAACCUCCUUAAGGAAGUUCUUCAUAUGAUUGAGGCUCAGGAAGAUAUGAAGUGUGAAGAAGAUAACCCAAGUACUACAAUUUCACACUCGAGGGAAGACUUUCAUAGAGUUGCUUAUCUUUCUUCUUUGUUUGUAUGGCUUGUUCGAAUUCUCAGAAAACAAUCUUCUGGAGCAGCAAAUAUGCCGAAGAGAGUUUUGCAAGAACUUGUUCGUAAAUGUCUUCUAAUAUCACAUCUUUGCAACAAGGAGGUCAUGGAUUCAGCCCUUCACCUCGCUGAAUUGGUGGGUGAUAGAUCUUUGUCGAAGAAAGUUCAAAUGCUCUCUCGUGUUACUUUGUCCAACGUUUUUGACAGUGCAGAUGAUCAAAGCACUUUAUUGACUUCGGCGAAUGUUUUCCAACUCGAGGAAACCAUGCGUGAAGCAUGUAAAAAGCUUGAGUUAGUUAAACAACAGAUAAUGAAAAAUAAAAAGGCAAAGGAAGUCGAUUGUGAGAUUGAAGAGACUGAAGAAACACAGAUAUGGACUUUGGCAAAGACAUGGAACCCAUGUCCAAUUGGCAUGUUGCCUCGUGUUGUUGGUUCAUCGGGUUGCGUUCCAGUUCUUGAUGUUAUCGAUAAUGAAGAACACAAUCAAGUCUCAGAAAGGAAAGAGAAUUGGAAAUUGAUCAAACAUGGUGCCAAGCGAGAUGCCCCUUCAGACCUUCAGCUACUUGAUAACUCCACUGUUAAGAAGAUGAAGGAGACUGAAAAAGUUGGUGAAUUAAAUGAUGAAUUGCCAAUGGAAGAGGAUGAAUUGCCAACGGAAGCAGGGAAAGGAUACCUUAUGGAAGCUGGGGUUUGGAAGAGAGUAAAGGAGGAAGAGCUACUAGCCAUUCAGUCUUCUGUGAGAAUUUUAUUUUGAUUGAUAAUUAUUGCUUAGCUUAGUCCAUCUCAAGCUUUGAUUAUGAUAUUCAGUUCAAUUAUUCAUUAUUUAUAAGCUUUUUUACUCGAUUAUAUAAGAUGAACAUAGCACAUUCCUAUAGCUCAACUACAAUCAUAUUCAUGCAAUUGAAAUAACACAUCCUACCUUAUCCUUUCAUUUUAA